AUGGAAGAUUCGGAAAGUAAUGUUUCCUAUUCUUCUUCCUUUUGUGAAGAAAACGGAGCUUUACAGGAUGAAUUUUUCGAACUUUUACUAUUAAAUGGACUUAUUGAUACAGGAUUACUUGAUAAUUCUGAAUCAGAGUAUGAAUGAAAUGAUAGUGAUACAGAAAAUGUUGAUACAGAUGACAAAAUAUUGGAGAGUUUUUAA